AGCCGAGCUGCCGUUAAUGUGACGCUGGAGGAGGGGGACGCAGGGCUCAUGGAGGUCGCUCAGCGCACCGGCCGGCAGUCUCCCUUGCCCUGCGAGAGGGAAAAGGAGCAGUUCCGCAAACUGUUUAUUGGUGGCUUAAGUUUUGAAACAACAGAGGAAAGCUUGAGGAGUUACUACGAGCAAUGGGGAAAGCUCACAGACUGUGUGGUAAUGAGGGAUCCUGCAAGCAAGAGAUCAAGGGGGUUUGGUUUUGUAACAUUCUCCUCCAUGGCUGAAGUUGAUGCAGCUAUGGCUGCAAGACCUCACACAAUUGAUGGAAGGGUGGUUGAGCCUAAGAGAGCUGUGGCUAGGGAGGAAUCUGGAAAACCUGGUGCUCAUGUUACGGUGAAAAAAUUAUUUGUUGGUGGUAUUAAAGAGGACACUGAAGAGCACCACCUUCGUGAUUACUUUGAGGAAUAUGGGAAAAUUGACACUAUUGAAAUAAUUACUGACAGACAGUCUGGUAAAAAGAGAGGGUUUGGAUUUGUUACAUUUGAUGACCAUGAUCCUGUGGAUAAAAUAGUAUUGCAGAAGUAUCACACCAUCAAUGGCCAUAAUGCAGAAGUAAGGAAAGCCCUCUCUAGACAGGAAAUGCAGGAAGUUCAAAAUUCUAGGAGUGGAAGAGGAGGCAAUUUUGGUUUCGGUGAUGCACGUGGUGGAGGUGGCAACUUUGGUCCAGGACCUGGCAGCAAUUUCAGAGGUGGAGCUGGUAAGACAGAUGGAUAUGGAAGUGGCCGUGGAUUUGGUGAUGGGUAUAAUGGAUAUGGUGGAGGACCUGGAGGUGGCAACUUUGGUGGCAGUCCUGGUUACGGAGGAGGAAGAGGAGGGUAUGGUGGAGGAGGACCUGGAUAUGGCAACCAGGGAGGGGGCUAUGGAGGUGGUUAUGACAACUAUGGAGGAGGCAAUUAUGGAAGUGGAAACUAUAAUGAUUUUGGAAAUUACAACCAACAACCUUCAAAUUACGGUCCAAUGAAGAGUGGAAAUUUUGGUGGCAGCAGGAACAUGGGGGGACCAUAUGGUGGAGGAAACUAUGGUCCUGGGGGCAGUGGAGGAAGUGGUGGAUAUGGAGGGAGGAGCCGUUACUGAGUUUCUGCAAGCAUGCCAUGGCUAUGAUAUGAACCCUGGACAAGCAUAGACUGCUGCCACUGUACACUGCUACAGUUGAACAAAUGAGACCUGCAAGUGUCCAUUAGUAAAGCUUUGCAAGGGUUCCAUCCCUGGUGUUGGUAGUUAAAAUGGUAGGUCACAAGUUAAUUAAAUAAUACAACUUUAUUUUUGCAUCCUGCAACAUUUUAUUUUUUCUUGGGAGUCUAUGCAUUAUGGUGGUUGCAAGGUAAUGCAAUGAAGGUAGUUUUGUGCUGUUGAAAAUGAACUAUGUUGUUACGUGUCUUGUCUACUGUAAUCGAUUUUUAUAUAACACGUUUCAUCCUCAAGGUUCCCAAGUAACUGUAGACUGUUUACGUGUAAGGAAAAAAAUUGCACCACAGAAUACAUCUGCCUCUGUGAAGGAAUGUGUCGUCCAUUCUUUUUACAACUGCAUAAGCAGUUCUUUAGGAGGGGAAGUGAAAACUUCAAAUGAAACUGCAGGUGGUAUUUCACAAGUGUAUAAUGUAAUUACAUAAAUUGGCAUUUGGCUAGAAUGUUGAGGUUUCCACCAUUUUUUAUAGUUCUUGCAGCUAAUAAACCUUAGUGCCAAAUUCAGUCAGCCUUACUCUCACUGUGUUGAAUGUUUGCACCUCAAAUUAAUGAAAAUUCACCAAGUGAUGAGUUACUCAGAGUAAGGGUGACAUACUCCACUAGAUUUGGUUUUAAAAUCAAAUUCAACAAAACCCACCUCCAAAAAAAGGCAACAAAAAAAUGCCCCAAUUUCAAAGUUUCACUGCCUUUAAAAGGCACUGAAGAAUGUGGACUCAGCUAACAAAAGUCCUGUUCCUUUUUGUGUUAGACACAUCAGUGAACUGCUUAUACUUUUUUUAAAUGGCUGAAGUUCCCCUAUUGGUAAUUUGGUUUAGACAUAUGUUACAAACAUCUUCAGAUACACUUUUUUUUUCUUUGGCAGGAAGGUGCCAUGCUGCAGGUAACUAAUGAAGAAGUGGUCAACCACAGAAACGCUUCAAGAAAUAAGAAAUUCUGUUUCAUCAGAAAAUAGUUGUUUUUGCUGCCUUCAUUAAAAAUCUAGAGGUUAAAUGAAUACUGAUAAAACAUCACAAUUAGUACAGCUCCCUGUAAUGCUGGGUUUUUUAAAUUAUAGUAAUAAUGUCUUGUAAACCUUUCAAAUAAAAUUCAGAUUCAUUAGGAGAAACAAAUCACUAAUGUUAAAAUAGCAAACAUUCUGUGAGUAGAAAGUUUAACUACAUAUUUUUAUAACUUUCAUAGCUUUAAAAUAAAGUAUUUUUUUAUACAAAAGUAGUUCUAGUGUAAUGCUUGAUAAAACUUAGUGUGUGUCUAACAUUAAAUAAUGUUUAUGUGCAGCUUUUAGACCCUUUAAUGAUUUGAAACAUUCCAUUUUGAGGUGGAUUUAAAACAAAGUCAACUUGGCAAGUGUAUUCUCUGAACUUGUGUUUCUGGCCAUAGGCACCUGUUCUCUGUUGGGAGAAACAGUGCUACAAAUCAAAAAUGCUCAUCUUUUUGCUAUUGGACACAAUUGCUUUAAAGUAGCUUUUUUGGCUGUGUUUCAUAUCACUUGAUAAAAAUAUCUCCUCCAUUUCUGUUAAAGAAAUUAACCACUUAAGUGACAGUUUGUCAAGAUGUGAUAGGUCAUAGCUUUAUCCUUUUCACCCAUACACAGCUCUUAGCAUCAAGAGAGAAAAACUGAAUGGAAUAUAGAGUUCCUGUGGUACCAGAACUGCAUUACUGAUAGCUGCAUCUUCUGAGGGAAAAAUCCAACAAAAAACUGACAAAACUAUAAACCAGACUAAUGAAACUCCUAAGUGUGAGCUUGGGAGAGGUUCACUUUGGGAAUGUAUUUGACGGAAAGUAUCUUCAGUCUGUACGGUUUUAACCUCUUACCUAUAUACACAGUUUAUUCUAAACUCAAAAUUCAUAUCCUUUAGCAGAAUCAUGUCUUAUAACGUUCUUUUAUAUAAUUAAAAAUACUAUUUAAGGAUUCACA